CGUAAUCGAACUCUCUAGAAAUCUAAUCACUGACUUAUAAAAUUCGCCCAAAUUCGAAACCGCUCCUUAUCCGAAAAGUCAAAUUCCAAAUUGCCUGAUUAAUCAGAAGAUUCUCGAACGAUGUCGCUGAUUCCGAACCCAUUCGGGCGCCGAUCGGGCGUGUUCGACCCGUUUUCACUCGACCUGUGGGACCACCAGGUCCACCACCCGUUCCGCUCACUCUCGGACCUGUCGUCCCGGUCCGAAACGGAGUCGUUCGCCCACGCGCACAUCGACUGGAAGGAGACGCCGACGGCGCACGUGUUCAAGGCGGACGUGCCGGGGCUGAGGAAGGAGGAGGUGAAGGUUGAGGUGGAGGACGGCCGGAUCCUCCAGAUCAGCGGGGAGAGGAAGAGGGAGCAGGAGGAGAAGACGGACACGUGGCACCGGGUGGAGCGCAGCAGCGGGACGUUCACGAGGAGGUUUCGGCUGCCGGAGAAGGCGAGCGUGGAGGAGGUGAGGGCGGGGAUGGAAAACGGAGUGCUGACUGUCACUGUGCCUAAGGUGAAGGCCAAGAAGGUGGAUGUCAGGUCCAUUGAGAUCUCUGGUUGAUUAAUUAGUUAAUUAAGGUUUCUGUGUCUAUUAACAGUUAAUUACCGAAAUUAAAUAAAAUAACUGCAGCUUAUGUGUUUUUAUUUUUUGUA